AUGCCGCUCAAUCUUCUGGCGCUACUCCGUUCAAUUCUAUCACGCCCACGCCCACGCCCACGCCCACGCCCACGCCCAAGUCAAUACAUUGCGAAUUUCAGCAGCCUUGCAAACACAAGACCCGCCGGAUAUUCGCCGGAAAAAAGCCUCGUCGACUCAUGUGGGUUGUCGCCGGAGGAAUCCAUCGCUUCUUCUAAGGGCGUGCAUUUCGACACUCCCGAAAACCCUAACGCCUUUUUGGAUCUUCUAAAAAAUGAGGGUUUCACAGAACCCCAAAUCUCCAGUAUCGUGAGGGCACGCCCCAGGUUUCUUCGGUCGAAACCGGAAAAUACAAUCCUUCCCAAGAUCCAAUUUUUCCAGAGCUCGCUGGCCGGUGUUUCAAAGAAGGACGUGCUCGCCACAUUCUCGAAAUACCCUUAUCUCUUGGCCCAUAGUUUGGAGCGCAAGCUCGCUCCUAACUUGGACAUGAUCACAAAUCUACUCGGCCCAGAAAAGGCCGCAGCUCUCUUCACCCAUGGAUCGAUUCUUUUUACCAGGAUCGAUCUCCAGAACAGGUUCAUCCCUAACGUGGACCACCUGCGGGAGAUCGGGGUGCCCACUUUGAGUCUCGACCGGGCAUUUAUUCAGUGCCCAAGGGUUUUCUGUCAGGAACAGUCUAAGUUCAGGGAACUCGUGCAGGAAGUGAGGGGAAUGGGUUUCGACCCGUCAAAAUCGGUGUUUGUGCUGGCAAUUAACGCUCGUUCGGUUAAGUCCUGUUUGGCCCUGUGGGACCAAUCAUAUCGUGUUUAUAAAAAAUGGGGAUGGUCGGAGGAGGAUGUAAGGGCUUCAUUCUUGAAACAUCCCAAUUGCAUGCUUUGUUCGGAGAAGAAGCUAACGGCUGUCUUGGAAUUUGUGGCUCACGAAUUGGGUCGGGAGGCUAGGUCGGUGGCUAAGUGCCCAAGUAUUAUCUUUUACAGUAUGGAGAACAGGAUAGUCCCAAGGUGCACGCUUGUUCGUGACUUGGCUUCAAAGGGUUUGGUCAAGGAAGAUUGGAACUUGGGUACUGUGCUUGUCAGGAAGGAGGAAGAUUUCAUGAAGAAGUAUGUGUUGCAGUUUGCCGGUGAGGCACCGGAGCUUUGUGAAACUUAUGCAUCAAGGAAAGCACGGGCUGGAAAGAAUGUGGGUUUUGUCAAAAUCAUGUGUUAG